AUGGCAAGUUGCAACUGUUUGAUCAUAGCUCUCUUCCUAGCUUUGUCAUUUUCAUGGGGAGAAUCAGCUCGUCAUCUUCAGCAAUUGCCCAAUUUGCCUAAGCCAACAUCGCCCCCAUUGCCUUCUAUACCAACACUGCCACAGCCCACCUUGCCAACCACUCAACCUUCAUUCCCUAAGCCCACUCUACCUCCACUUACUAGCCUGCCAACCAUGCCUACUCUCCCCAAGGUCACAUUGCCUCCAUUGCCAAGCAUGCCUUCAAUCCCCACUAUCCCUAUCCCAACUACAAUUCCCUCCAUCCCAUUCCUCUCUCCACCACCUGGAAACUAG